AUGGUAAAAGUCCUUUGGGUAAGACUUCUGGGCAGGCUACCGAACUUUGCAAUUUAUCCACGCCAUAAGGCCAAGUCGAACGAUGAAGACGUCAUUAGCAUACCCGAAGGUAAUGAUCUUCAAGGCCAAGGCGUAUUCAAAGUCUGGGGGUUCUUGAGCUCCAGGGCCAAAAAACUACUAUUUCGCAAAGACGAAAAUUUGAAUGCGCAAUCUUCUGCGGAUGACUCGAGUCACUGGACGGAUGGACUUUCGCUCCGUGCGAAGGCGUUCGCUGCCAUCGCUCUGAUAAAUAUGAUUCUCAUCGUUGUCGCUAUCGGUCUAUCCAGAAAGUAUGACGAUGAUCGGGGAUUCCUGAACGGAGCAGUGAUUUAUGAAGGUAGCUGUACCUUGACUGAGCGAUGGUCGACGGCACUUCAUCUGAUUAUCAACAUUCUCAGUACAUGUAUGCUCGUCAUGAGUACUUACUGUAUGCAAGUACUUGCUGCCCCUACUCGACAGGAUAUCGACAAGCAUCACGCGCAGAAAAAAUGGCUUGAUAUUGGAUACUUAAGCUGGCGGAAUAUUAUGGUGUUGGAUAAAUAUCGUCUAUCACUGCUGGCAAUCCUGGCAGUGACAGCCGCCCCAUUCCAUCUGAUGUACAAUUCCAUCGUUUUCGAGUCAUUGGCUACCAAUGAGUUCGCCUUUGUUUUAGGACCAGGGGAUCUAAGUUCCGACAAUAUCCAGAACUUGACAACACCCGAGCUUGAACAAUGUUUCCGGCCUCCGAUCAGUAAAUACUCGUUUGAUCCAACAACGUGGCAGGAGUUUUCUUCUACUAUUGCCGCCGGGAACUUUGAUCGACUCAGCACCGAGAAAUGUUUUGCCUUUCUUGAAAAAUUGAACCCAUCCGGUGUUGCCGUUCUUGUUGGGCUCGUGGACGAAAUCUCCGCCGCUGACGGAGGCAACGCGGCAUUUUUGAUGACUGAUCUAUAUGGCGGCAGCCCAGAUACUAAAUUCAUGACAGACGAUGGCGAAAAGCCCAAUAAAACCACUGGCGAAGUACGGGGUGACGUAUUUUCAAGGAAGACCUUCAGUCUCGGUAUACCCACUGAGAACGGUACUAGCACGCUCUACUACAAUGCAUGGAAUCAUGGUUCCACGAGUGAUUGUUGGUUAAAAGGAGGAAACAGGGCCGCAUGCGUGGCGGGUCCAUCAGCUUUAAGUGAAUUCUAUGGUACAGAGCCUUGGCAAUUUCCUACUCGCCAGGAACUCGAGAAGAGACUUCACCAACACGUUCUCAAUGGCGAUGAAGAUGGGAUUAACAAAAUUCAAAUCAACACGACUCUGCAUUGCGUGCCUAAUUCUCCAAACCCUAGAGAUGUGUAUAACGCCACGGCACACAAAAUCAACGGUUGUCUUGCAGUGAAAACUGACGAGAAAUGCAAAUUACUGUAUAGUCCACCUAUUUGUAUCAUCAUCAUAUUCUCAAUGAUGGCAAAGUUAGUGGUUAUUGCACUGACACUGAGAGAUGGGCGCUCUCGAAAAGCCCCUCUAUUGACUAUUGGGGAUGCCAUAUCAUCAUUCAUGAAAUGCCCCGAUUCCACAACUGAGGGGUUCUGCUGGUCUUCGGGGUCGGAUUUUCGCCGGGGAAAAUGGAAAACACCUAAAGCCCCAGGCUGGGUGCAAGACUCAACUGCAAAUCCCAGCUUCCCAGACAUGCAACCGAAUCAUAAGAUCAUCACGUUUGGUCACUUGCAGAAACCUCAACGAUGGAUGAAAGUCCCGAGCUUGAUGCAAUGGCUGGCAACUUUGAGUUUAUGCCUUGCUUGUAUUAUCUUCGCUUCUUGGUUUCUGGAGCGUGCAAUGAGCAGUCCGUGGGAUUAUGAGAAGCCCAAUGUUAAACCCGGUCACUGGCUUACCACUCAAAUGCUGCAUGAGUGGUGGGACACAGAGACAAGAAUAGGGCAACUUUGGCGAAUAUCAUGGAAAGAAAAGGACGAACUUUCUGUUCUAAGCUUAGUGAUUGUGGCUAAUCUCCCUCAACUGGCAAUCACAACUGCUUACUACUUCUACUCCGGUAUCUCCACCACCAUAUUAGCUGCGGCUGAAUACAGCUCUUACGGUGCGACACAAAUGCCAUUACGCGUGUCAUCGCCAGUGGAAAGCAGUGAACAGAUUUCAGAAUACUUUCUCAAUAUGCCAUAUCGAUAUGGUAUACCCAUGAACUUGCUCAGCAUAGCACUCCACUGGCUGGUCUCAAAGAGCCUCUACUAUAUCUCGAUCAUUCCAUAUGGUCCCGGUGGUCAAGCUGGGGACAGCAAUGGAAGGAAAUUCAUAACCGAAACAGACUAUUAUUCUUCCUAUCAUUCUGACCUAGCAUAUGCAUCCUCCCUGGUAUAUUCACCCUUUUUUAUCUUUGUGUCACUCCUUGUUUUGGGAUUGAUGGUUUGUAUACUGCUGGUAUUAUCCAUGCGGCGAUUAAACUCCGGGAUCCCAAUCACUCGGUCCUGCAGUGCCGUCAUCAGCGCCGCCUGCCACCCACCGAAGCAUGAGGACUGUGAAUCUGCUAUUCUAGGGAAACUUAAGUGGGGCGAAACUACCCAACCAGCUUGGGAUUUGGACUGGUUUGAUGUUACUAUUGAGGAUGACAAAGGGCACUGCAGUUUUAGUUCGUGGCAUGUGGAGAGUCCAUCGUUCCAAAAGAUGUACGCUUGA